GGGGACUGGGCGCUUAGCUCCAGAGCAGAGGGUAACCACAACCUCUAAGCUCCCUUUUUCUUUCUCUCUCUCUUUCUCGUUUGUUUCUCGCUUUCCCUGUUUUACUAUUCCAAUUGGAUUAGACAAUGAUCAAUCUCCUCCUUGUGUCUUAAAGGAACAGGUGAUCCUUGUUAACAUUGAUCAAUUCCUGGAUGUGGUCCUAUUCUCUUUUGAAGGAUGAAAGCACCCAGAGGGGAAUAAAACCUCCCAAGCUUACACUGAAGGAAAACUUUUGAGGCAUACAAAUUACGCAGCGCUAAUAGCCAAAGGAGUUCAUCCUCUCCACUACCCGUCAUUAUCGCAAAGUACUUACCUGCAGUCCAUUUGGGAUUCCUUGCAAUACUUUGAAUUGCUGUUGUUGCUGUUUUUUUUUUUCAAACGAGGAAGUGCAGGAACGGAUUGCUUUCACUUUGUUUUUAAAUGUUUGGGAUUCAAGAUACCUUAGGGAGAGGAUCGACUAUUAAAGAUAAAGCCUUAGGAUUGGAAAUGGAUUCUGUCCGAUCGUGGGUCCGAAAUGUCGGGGUGGUGGAUGCACAUGUGGCUGCACAGAGUGGAGUGGCACUUUCUAGGGCACACUUUGAGAAACAGCCGCCCUCGAACCUUCGUAAAUCUAACUUCUUCCAUUUUGUACUGGCACUCUAUGAUCGGCAGGGUCAGCCCGUGGAGAUUGAGAGGACCUCGUUUGUGGACUUUGUGGAGAACGACAAAGAGCAGGGCAGCGAGAAGACCAACAAUGGGACCCAUUACAAACUGCAGCUCCUCUACAGUAAUGGAGUUCGCACUGAACAAGACUUGUAUGUCCGGCUAAUCGAUUCUGUCAGCAAACGACCUAUAUCAUAUGAAGGACAGAAUAAAAAUCCAGAAAUGUGCAGAGUUUUGCUGACUCAUGAGGUGAUGUGCAGUCGAUGCUGUGAGAAAAAGAGCUGUGGAAAUAGAAAUGAAACACCAUCAGAUCCUGUAAUCAUUGACAGAUUCUUUUUAAAGUUUUUCCUCAAAUGUAAUCAGAAUUGCUUGAAAACAGCAGGAAAUCCAAGAGACAUGCGACGAUUUCAGGUUGUUCUGUCGACAACAGUGAAUGUUGAUGGUCAUGUACUGGCAGUUUCUGACAAUAUGUUUGUGCACAAUAAUUCCAAACAUGGUCGGAGGGCGAGACGACUUGACCCCUCUGAAGGUACGGACCCUUGUCUGGAGUAUGCCACACCAUGCAUCAAGGCUAUUAGCCCAAGUGAAGGUUGGACGACAGGAGGUGCUAUGGUGAUUAUUAUAGGGGAUAACUUCUUUGACGGAUUACAAGUAGUGUUUGGAACAAUGCUCGUCUGGAGUGAGUUGAUAACUCCUCAUGCCAUUAGAGUCCAAACCCCACCACGGCACAUUCCAGGUGUAGUUGAAGUGACGUUAUCAUACAAAUCUAAACAGUUCUGCAAAGGAGCACCUGGUCGAUUUAUAUAUACAGCUUUAAAUGAACCAACAAUAGAUUAUGGCUUCCAAAGACUGCAGAAAGUAAUUCCACGGCAUCCUGGAGACCCUGAGCGGCUGGCUAAGGAGAUGUUACUAAAACGAGCAGCAGAUUUGGUUGAAGCACUAUAUGGAACUCCACAUAAUAAUCAGGAUAUCAUCUUAAAACGUGCUGCAGACAUUGCUGAAGCUCUUUACAGUGUUCCACGAAAUCCUAGCCAGCUACCAGCCCUACAGAGUUCCCCUGCACACAGCGGCAUGAUGGGAAUUAACUCAUACAGUAGCCAACUGGGCGUCAGUAUCUCAGAGUCAUCACAAGGAAAUACCCAAGGUUACAUUCGUAACACUAGUAGCAUUUCUCCUCGUGGUUACUCUUCCAGUUCAACACCUCAGCAGUCUAAUUAUGGAGGAUCCAGUAACAGUAUGAAUGGGUAUAGCAACGUUCCUAUGUCCAACCUCGGUGUUCCAGGAUCUCCUGGUUUUAUAAAUGGCUCUCCCACCAGCUCUCCUUAUGGAAUAAUGCCAUCGAGCCCGACAGUUGCAUCUCCCAGCACUUCAUCCAUUCUUCCCUUCUCCUCCUCAGUGUUCCCCACAGUGAAGCAGAAGAGUGCCUUCGCCCCUGUAAUCAGACCUCAAGGAUCACCCUCACCUGCCUGCUCCAGUGGCAAUGGAAAUGGAUUUCGAGCUAUGACUGGCCUUGUGGUACCUCCAAUGUAAGGACCUGUUAUUUUCUUAUGAAAAAAAACUGAAGAAACUCUUAAAGGACCACUAAUAUUGUAAAUAAAUAGCACUACACCUCCUCUGGAAACCAGGGCUUACAAAUGUACAUUUUCCUUUAUGGACAUCCAAGGCCUUGCACCUCGUGUCUUUGUUUCUUUCUUUAUUCCAUGGUGAUGUGUUUGGCUAUGUUUUGCUUAUGCCUCAUGGGCGAAGACCACCAGGUAGACCCAUAAAGAAGUCAUUAACACAGCGAAUCAGGAUGCAAUGGACAAAUAUAGCUUUUGGAAUUUGUGAAAUAUGUUCUUGGCAAACAAUAUGGCUUAUUUUGGAUACCUAAGGUUUUCAAUGAAGUUAAAAGGAAGAUUCUAUUUUGUAUGAAGCCUUUCAGUUAUUAAGUUUGACCUGUGCAGAGACAGAUCAACAAACAACAAACAAACAAACAGGGUACCAGCAUGAAACAAUUUUUUACUGCAAAUUAAAACAUAUGAAUGAUGUAUUGUCAGUGUCUGUGUGUGCUUAGAGCUUAACCUUUAACUUUGAAAUGUUUUACACUAUUUAAAUGAGUAAGUAAACUUGUAACUUAUUGUAGUUAGAGAUAGAACAUGAAACUUUUGUUUGAAACCAUUCUCUUGUACAGCAGAACAGAAAUGCAAAAUGUGGUAAACACCGACUAUAGUGCUUUGUUAAAACUGUCUGUAGGCAUUAAACACCCCUUUCGUUACCACAGUAGGCUAAUUAAUAAAGUAAGUAACGUGUAAUCAUCUGUACAUUAAUAACCAUUAAUUGGAAAGCUCUUUUUUUGUUGUCUAAAACCAAUGCUGUUUAGGUCAUAAGCCUGCAUAAAUUCACUCUAUGUUCUUUUUGAAAUGCUCUUACUUACAUACAAAAAAUAAAUAUGAUAAUUUAGGGUCUGAAAGUUUUUACCCAAAUGAAGUUUUAACCUAGUUUCCUUUUAGUUUUAUUUGCUGAUAUGGCUACUUAAUAAUAUGUAAGGAAAUUAAUAAGUAAAGUAGAUUACAACUAUGUAUUUAAAAUGUAAUAGUAAGUCAAGAUUUCAAAACAAUGCUUCCUUCUUUGGUCCUUUGCAGCCUUAAAUAACAGGAGGAAUAAGGCAUUUUUCCUUGUAGCAUAUUUUACUAUUGCAUUUUAAAUAAAGGCGUAUAUAUAUAUAUAUAUAUAUAUAUAUAUAUAUAUAUAUAUAUAUAUAUGUAUACACACAUAUAUUAAUCCACAUUACUUAUCAAUUUUUUUAGCUAUUAUUAGGUAGUUACAUAUUUUUCUAAGCGGCUCUCUAAAAUCUUGAUAUUUGGUAGUUUUUUGACAUGGUAUAUGUGAAAGAACUGAAGCACAAAGAGAAAUUCUAUAUUGCUGUUACCCUGACAUGUUUAUUCAGUUGCACCCAAAGUAUGGACUAAGUGAACAACCUCCGAAUGAGUACUUGUCAAAUCAAAUCCGAAAGAAACGAUUUCUGCAAGAGACAUGGCCAUUGGGCUAUUAUAAAAUAAUAAAAACAGGGACAUCUCCUGUAGCCAUAACAAUGGAUAUGUGCCCUUAAAUGAAUUCACAAUUAAUGGAAACCAUUAUGGGGCUGGAAAGUACCUGUUCAAUGAAAAAUGGGUGUGUGACACUCAUCCAUGCACCAGUAACACACAGAAUUAAUUUUAUUUUUAGUUAUUCCUCUGAUUUGUAUGCCAUAGUCAUAUAGCUCCUAAGGGGAAUGUGGUGGAUGUGGUCGAUCAUUUAAUUUCAUGGCAGCUGUAUGCUUGACCUUACACAAUAAAGUACUGUUCUCAUGUUCAUAAGUACAGCAUUAGAGUAAACUACGUCUCCCUCAAGAUGAAGCUUCUUGGCUCAGUGAAUGCACUGAUCUUACUACUCCUUGUCUGUAUUUUAAAACCAUGGGGGUCUGUCUGGCAGAUUUUGGCACCCAAGAAAAACAAAAGGUUACUAAAGCAUUCAAAACAUUUUACUUAUUAUCUCCACACCUCCAUGAACAUGACUUCCAAAAUGUCUCAUCAGAGAAGACUGUUUUUUUAAAUUCCAUUAUGGACCUAAAGUAACCUGAUAACAUUCCUAUACCAGGCAAUGACCUGAAAAAUAUGAUUUUGUGAUAGAUAUACAAGGAAAACUUUAGAACUCAUUUGCUUGAAGCAGAGGGAACAUGAUUGUGUUUUCUAAUUGUUGUGGCUUCUACAGUCAGGUUAUUAAUGUCACUUUAAAUACAUGUACACACACACACACACACACACACACACACACACACA